AUGAGCGCCACCGACAGCGAAAAGCACGGCAUCGCCGCCGCUGACGUUCAGCACGCCGACUACGCCCACGGCGGACCGCGGAAGGGCGGUCACGACAGCCACAACGACCUGAUGGCAGAGGGUGCGACGGCCGAGGGCACGGCCGAGCACAUGAUGCAGGUGGACGACAAAAGGGCUGCGCAGCUCAGGGAGGAGCUGUCCGAGAGCAGGCAGGCCGGGUGGCGGCCCAUCUCGGACGAAGAGAAGAAGCUCAACAGCGCCUUGAAUCGCAAGCUGGACUGGAUGAUCCUUCCCAUCGUAGCCCUGGGCUACAUGUUCAACCAGCUCGACCGCACCAACCUGGGCAACGCGCAGACGGCCAACUUCAGCAACGACCUGGGCAUCCCCGCUGCGGCGGUCAACAACGCCAGCUCCCUCUUUUUCGCCACGUACAUCCCUUUUCAGCCCUUCGCCGCCGCGUUGGGCCGCCGCCUCGGCGCGCCGCGGUUCCUAGGCUGCACGCUUUGUGGCUUCUAUCCUACCGUGCUUUCUUACCUCACUGAUUUCUACCCCCGAUACGAGUGUGCUUUCCGCUUCGCCCUGUUCUACGGUUUCUUCUCUGUCGCCGGUGCCUUCGGCGGCCUGAUAGCUUUUGGCAUUCUCCAAGCCAAUGGCGCACUCCAUCCGUGGCAGUAUCUCUUCAUUAUCGAGGGAGCCGUUCCCGUCCUGCUGGGCCUCAUCACACCCUUCUGGCUCGCGAAUGAUGUCCGCACGGCAUGGUUCCUCAAGCCGGAGGAGCGCGCUUUCGCCGAGAGGCGCAUGAUCAUCGACUCGGUCGAGAACGCCGGCCACGCGCACAAGGUCACACUGCAGGACUUCAAGGAGGCCUUCAUCGACUGGCGCGUCUGGGGCAUCAUGAUUUCCAACAUGCUGGCCAGCCUGGCGUCACAGGGCUUCACCGUCUUCUUCCCCGUCGUAGUCAAGGGCCUGGGCUACACCGAGGGCUCGCUGGCCAACCUCAUGACGGUGCCCCCGUACGUGGCGGGCGCCAUUGGAGUCUGGGGCUUCGCGUGGUCCUCUGACCGCUUCAGGGAGCGGACGUACCAUCAGCUGGCCGGCAUGACGAUUGUCAUCUUGGGCCUUGUGCUCACUAUUGUCAUCCCGCUCGAUAAUAUCGGCGGCCGGUACGCCGGUCUCAUGGUGCUCAUGUUUGGCGCCUUCAUUCAUGCUCCGAUUGCGGUCGCUUGGCUUGCUGGCAACACUCCAGACCCGGGCAAACGCGCCGUCUGCAUCGGAAUCUCGGGCUGGGCUAACCUGGCAGGCAUUAUUGGCACGCAGCUCUUCAAGCCCCAGUACGGUCCUAGUUACAUAUUCCCGCUGCAGGUCACUGUAGGCCUGAUCAGUGUCGGCUGGGCUGGCUUCGCAGCCGUGGGAGUGGGGCUGCGCCUUGUCAACAGGUGGCGGUACAAGAAGAUCCAGUCAAUGACACCAGAGCAGAUUGAAGAGGAAAAUAGGAGUGACACGAGGAAGGGAGAUCGAAAGUGGACGUUUGUGUACGGAGUUUGA